UGUGAGCACAAUGUCACCAUCCAUGCCGUCUUCUACAACAGCUACCGACCAAAUUUCAAGCACUUACUCAUCUACACCAGCUUCCAGUCCAACAAACACCGGUAGUCCAUCUCCACCAGAUGCUGUGAGCACAAUGUCACCAUCCAUGCCGUCUUCUACAACAGGCACCAACCAAAUUUCAAGCACUUACUCAUCUACACCAGCUUCCAGUCCAACAAACACCGGUAGUCCAUCUCCACCAGAUGCUGUGAGCACAAUGUCACCAUCCAUGCCGUCUUCUACAACAGGCACCAACCAAAUUUCAAGCACUUACUCAUCUACACCAGCUUCCAGUCCAACAAACACCGGUAGUCCAUCUCCACCAGAUGCUGUGAGCACAAUGUCACCAUCCAUGUCGUCUUCUGCAACAGCUACCAACCAAAUUUCAAGCCCUUACUCAUCUACACCAGCUUCCAGUCCAACAAACACCGGUAGUCCAUCUCCACCAGAUGCUGUGAGCACAAUGUCACCAUCCAUGCCGUCUUCUACAACAGGCACCAACCAAAUUUCAAGCACUUACUCAUCUACACCAGCUUCCAGUCCAACAAACACCGGUAGUCCAUCUCCACCAGAUGCUGUGAGCACAAUGUCACCAUCCAUGCCGUCUUCUACAACAGGCACCAACCAAAUUUCAAGCACUUACUCAUCUACACCAGCUUCCAGUCCAACAAACACCGGUAGUCCAUCUCCACCAGAUGCUGUGAGCACAAUGUCACCAUCCAUGUCGUCUUCUGCAACAGCUACCAACCAAAUUUCAAGCCCUUACUCAUCUACACCAGCUUCCAAUCCAACAAACACCGGUAGUCCAUCUCCACCAGAUGCUGUGAGCACAAUGUCACCAUCCACGCCGUCUUCUACAGCAGCUACCAACCAAAUUUCAAGCACUUACUCAUCUACACCAGCUUCCAGUCCAACAAACACCGGUAGUCCAUCUCCACCAGAUGCUGUGAGCACAAUGUCACCAUCCAUGCCGUCUUCUGCAACAGCUACCAACCAAAUUUCAAGCACUUACUCAUCUACACCAGCUUCCAGUCCAACAAACACCGGUAGUCCAUCUCCACCAGAUGCUGUGAGCACAAUGUCACCAUCCAUGCCGUCUUCUACAACAGCUACCGACCAAAUUUCAAGCACUUACUCAUCUACACCAGCUUCCAGUCCAACAAACACCGGUAGUCCAUCUCCACCAGAUGCUGUGAGCACAAUGUCACCAUCCAUGCCGUCUUCUACAACAGCUACCAACCAAAUUUCAAGCACUUACUCAUCUACACCAGAAUCUCAACGAGUGAUACUUCAUUUAAGGGCCUCCUUUUUAACACACGAGAACAACGAAGAUGUCAUUUUAGAGGCUUUUUCCAAUUAUUUAUCUCAGCUCUUGCACCAGCAGAACUGCAGAGGCUGCACAUUGAAUGUCCGACUCAUCAAACUCACCUGAUUAACGGCAUUUGUUUCAUAAAGUGUAGGCACCAGUUGUAAUGUGAAAACUGACUUUACAACUAUCUGCUAAAUUAUUUAUCAAAAGUAAGAGUUUAAAAUUCUUAAAAUUAGAUACUACAAGAUUGUUGGACCACAAACUGAAAUAGGGAACACUUUUAGGCCAUGCAGAAUCUACAAAUGGUGAGUCAUGCACUUUAAUUAAAGAUGAAAAGCAAAAAUGUCUACCUAAUCCUUGCUGUAAUCAAGACUUUUUAGCUAAUUCUGCAUUUAUCAAUCAUGUAAUAGAAAUCUUAAUGUUUUAAUUCAAGUUCCAUGCUUAAUAUUUGCCUCAACAACAAAUAUGCCGAAUGAUUAAUUGCUGCUUUCAGUCUUUUAAGUUGUUGUUCAAGUAUAGCUACAUGUAUAAUCAAGUAAGCAGUGAAUCAAGGAAAUAAAAAUCUGUCUUUAACAUUG